AUGAGUUCUCCCGCGCAGGGUGGACCUUCGGUCCCAAAAGAGAAAGAGAAGGAGAAGAAAGGCUUGGGAAAGGUCCUGUCCAGGAUGAAGACGGUUUUGAAGAAGGCCGGAGGUGAUCGCCGCCUAUCUACGAUCGGCUCGAAAGCUGAUACCCCAACCGCCGGUGCUGCUGCUGCUGCUGAUACAGCUCCAGCUUCGAGCGAACCUGCACCGCCUGCCGCCGAGGCUCCAGCGGCCGUGGAAGCGACCAAAAUUCCGCGGUCUCAUAUCUUUGCUGAGCGCGCGAAGAAGCUCGGCGAGCUGUAUGGCCUGGAGCUGAAGCCCAGCGAGUGGCACUCGACCGAGGGCCACGCUCUUCGUGUGGAGAAGCCCAUCAGGAUGCGCGUGCACAGGAAAUGCCACCUCUGCAGCACGUCGUUUGGCUUGGGCAAGGAAUGCCCGCAGUGCAGGCAUGUGCGCUGCAAGGACUGCCCACGCGUGCCCCCGAAGCGCACCGAAGUUGAGAGGGAGGAGAGCCGCAAGAAGCGGGCGGCCAUGAUCAAGGAACGGGCCGAGAACGCGCCCAUCAUUCCCGACUGGGAUCCAACCCCGAAGAAAAUCGUGCUCAAACGACCGGCCAAGACGGGCAACCAGGAUCUCUACUACAGGAAGCCUCGGCAGCGCGUACGGAGAAAUUGCUGCCAGUGCCAGAGGCUGCUCCAAGGCACGAAGACAUGCGAAGGCUGUCAGCACACCCGAUGCACCGACUGUCCCCGGGAUCCACCCAAGAAGGACAAAUAUCCGUACGGCUAUCCUGGGGAUGCUCCCGGUACCAGGGUUGGACACUACCAAUGCGCCGCCUGCAAACACAUCUUUUCGACACCGCCUACGGACGCCCCAGCCUGCGUCAAAUGCUCGCACGCCCAGUGCAAUCGGCUAACCCCCAAAAAGGUGGAACCGGAACCCGAUCCCGAGAUUCUGAAGAGUAUACAGGCCAAGAUUGAGAGCCUGAAACUCGACAAGUGA